UUCAGCAAUUAGCUGCUAAUCACUCGUGUGUUUUAGGAGCUUAAUAUAACCAAGAAAAUAGAAAUUGGCAAAACCUAAAACCCUUUCCGACAUAACAUCAUCGUCCUGCGCCGCUCUCAUACAUUCCUUCUUUCAAGCAAAGCUUUCUUCGAGCAGUCGUGGUUUCUCGCACUCAGAAGUACCCAAAACAUGUAUAAUCGCAAGCCAAUGGCGAAGAACAAACAAGCCAUGGAUGAUGAUGCCGUUGAUCCUAACAUGAGCUUUAAGAAUAUUAUGAAAGAUGUUCAGCACUUUGCUAUCAAGCAUAUGACAUGGAAGGAUAAGAAGGCUUUGGAGAAUCAGAAAGUCACCGAACUUGGUGGAAAGCCUCAAAAGAAACAGAGGCUACCACUCAGUGUAGCGAGAGUACAGAUGAAGAAGCAGAAAGAAAGAGAGGAGAAGAUGGUGGAACAGAAUAUGAUUUUUGGUAGAUUUGGAGGACCGCUUGGUGGUGGUGUGAGUACCAAGAAGCCUGCAGAGAAGAAGCGUAAGCCGGAGGAUAGAGUCUUGAAGUCGACUUUUGGGAAUUUCAGAGGUGGUGUUCUUGAUGUUAAGGAUUUACUACGUUCUGGUUCUUCUUCAUCAAACGGAGAUUUCAACUUCGGUAAGAGCAAGAGCAAGUCCAGAGGCAUGGGAGGAGAGCUAGGAGGUGGAGGAGUAGGAGGAGGAGAGAAGAAAGGGAAGAAGAAGAAAGGAAAGAAAGGGAAGAAAGGAGGUGGUAAGAGGAGAAGCAAGUGAUCUCUGUUAGCUUUGUAAACAAAAUUUUGAUGACUGGAGAAAAGAGGAAAACAUAAUAAUGGCACAAUGAUCUUCAUCUAAUAGAUGAGUUUACACAUUAAGAAAUGUAAGAUUUUGUCAUAUCUCCUAGUUUCAUAUGCAAUCUCCUGGCUAUACAUCUGUUCUUGAAUCAUGUUUUGUAAUCAACUUUCCAAAUUACAAAAGUUGUCAUGAAUCAUAGUAUAAUCGUUUGCAAGUUUAA